AUGUUUCAGGAGCCGCACGUGAUUAGGGCAAGUCGAUAUGAAGUUUAUAAGUUGUGGCGUAAGUCCUUCUGUACUUCACUACCAUGGUCCUUGGAUCUGGGCCUCGGUUCACCACCGACUGUGGGACUGUCAGUUCUUGUCUGGGUGAUGAUCUUCAUGGUAGGAUCUGUGCUUGUUAUAUCCUUCGGAUUGCUGACCUUCCUUUUUGUGCUGAGAUUUUGCCUUCGUUGGUCCCCGUCAUCAGAUAACUAUGAACGCGCUCUUUUAUCCGACCAUGAAAAUGAAGCUGAAGCUGACGAUUUGCUUACUUGA